CUUUCCCACCCCUACCUAUAAUUACACCCUCUAUUUAUGCUCACCCCUACAACCCCACCGUUCCUGUACUUCUACCCACUCUCUAUAGCGAUAAUGGAUCGGCGCACCGCCCUCACCGUCGCGCUCCUCUGCCUCGUCCUCGCCUCCGCCGGCGCCCAGGUCCCCGCUGGCGCCCCCACCACCACACCCGCCGCCUCCGCUCCCACCAUCUCCGCCGCCGCCCCGACUUCCACGCCCACCACCCAAGCCCCCUCCGCCGCUCCCACUUCCAAGCCCACCACCCACGCCCCCUCCGCCGCCCCCACGACCACAACCCCCACCACCCGCGCCCCCUCCGCCGCCCCCACCACUCAGCCCACCACUCCCGCCCCCUCCACCGCGCCUACCACCUCCCCUCCUGCCGCCCCGGUGGCCAUCACCCCCGCCAAGGCGCCGGCCACGGCGCCCCCUCCGACUUCGGCCCCGGUCUCUUCUCCCCCGGCGCUGGUGCCUGUGAGCUCUCCCCCGACGACGCCUCCACCCACAUUGUCUCCCCCCGCGCCGGUCCCGGUCGCCGCCACUCCGACGCCGGCUGCCGCCCCAACGAAGCCCGCCGAGGUGCCUGCGCUGGCUCCGAGUAGGAGCAAGAAGAAGGGCCCCGCCCCCACCCCCAGCCAGUUGGAGACGCCCUCCGCCGCUCCCGAGGCCGCCUCCCCCGGACCCAAUAGCGGAGCCUCCGACAAUGCGAGUGGAGCGAAGAGUGUGAGGAAGAAGAUUGUAGGACUGACUUCGGGGCUGCUGCUCGCCACUGCCAUGGUCGUGAUCUAGUGUCCAGGCUGCCGUAUAUAGUAAUGGAAUAGAAAUUCUCGAGAUAGCUGGUUGAGCUUUUCUUAUUUAUCUCGCCGUAUUGUGUAUUUUGGUCCCCUGCUAGGUAUCUAUUUGCCUUGUUUAUCUCAUUGACGAGAGCUGGUUGUAGGUGCAUACGCUCACUUGUAUUCUUUCUUUUGAGGUGACAUUGCAUUUGGACAUCACUUUAUUUUUACUUGGGUGAUUUAGAUUUCUAGUGCUUCAA